CUGCACUACGGGACCCUCCUGGGCAGCAGAGCUUGUGCCCACAUGGCAGCAGCUGCCUGGGCCAGUGGCUUUCUCACUGCUCUCAUGCACACAGCCAAUACAUUUUCUCUGCCCCUCUGCCAUGGCAAUGCCCUGGGCCACUUCUUCUGUGAAAUCCCACAGAUCCUCAAGCUCUCCUGCUCAAAUUCUAACCUCAGGGAAUUUGGGCUUCUUGUAGUUACUGGUAGUUUAGGUUUUGGUUGUUUUGUGUUCAUGGUUUUCUCCUAUGUGCAGAUCAUCAGGGCUGUGCUGAGGAUGCCCUCUGAGCAGGGACAGCACAAAGCCUUUUCCACCUGCCUCCCUCACCUGGCCGUGCUCUCCCUGUUCAUCAGCACUGCAGUAUGUGCUUACCUGAAGCCUCCCUCCAUGUCCUCCCCAUCCCUGGAUCUGGCCCUGUCAGUUCUGUACUCAGUGGUUCCUUCAGCCACCGAUUUUACUGGUGUUGUAAAGCAUGUGGACGAGGGGGAUAGUGGCUUUGACACCUAG